GCGGCUGUGAUUGGCGCGGCGGGAUCACUGGCUCCCCAAGCCCGGCCCGGGGGAGUCGGCUGGAGCCCGCUGCGCUUUGAUAAGGUCCUGGCAACUCAGUAAUAACCCGAGAGCCGGGAAAUAAAAAUAACCCCUCAUAGCCGUGGAUUUCGGGACCGCCCAGAGUCCGAGGCGCCCGUCUCCCCCGCCGAAAGCCCUGCUGUAAAAGAAAGGAGGCUCAGAUGAGCCCCUGCUGACUUGAGAGAGAAAGAGAGACCACGCUGGUUGCUGAGAGGAACUGGAAGAAGAAAAAAAUCCCCAAACUCAGUGAGAAGAGCUCUCUCACCAUGAGUAGCGCUGUGUUGGUGCCUCGCCUUCCAGACCCCAGCAGCAGCUUCCGCGAAGAUGCCCCCCGACCGCCGGUUCCGGGGGAAGAAGGGGAGACCCCACCGUGCCAGCCCGGGAUGGGAAAGAGCCAGGUCACCAAACCCAUGCCUGUCUCCUCCAACGCCAGGCGGAAUGAGGAUGGGUUGGGGGAGCCUGAGGGGCGUGCAUCUCCGGAUUCCCCUCUGACCAGGUGGACCAAGUCAUUGCACUCCUUGCUGGGAGAUCAAGAUGGUGCUUAUCUCUUCCGGACUUUCUUGGAAAGGGAGAAAUGUGUGGAUACAUUAGACUUCUGGUUUGCCUGCAAUGGAUUCAGGCAGAUGAACCUGAAGGAUACCAAAACUUUGCGAGUAGCCAAAGCGAUCUACAAAAGGUACAUCGAAAACAACAGCAUUGUCUCCAAGCAGCUGAAACCUGCCACCAAGACCUACAUACGAGAUGGCAUCAAGAAGCAACAGAUUGAUUCCAUCAUGUUUGACCAGGCGCAGACUGAGAUCCAGUCGGUGAUGGAGGAAAAUGCCUACCAGAUGUUUUUGACUUCUGAUAUAUACCUCGAAUAUGUGAGGAGUGGGGGAGAAAACACAGCUUACAUGAGUAACGGGGGACUGGGGAGCCUAAAGGUCGUGUGUGGCUAUCUCCCCACCUUGAAUGAAGAAGAGGAGUGGACUUGUGCGGACUUCAAGUGCAAACUUUCACCCACUGUGGUUGGCUUGUCCAGCAAAACUCUGAGGGCGACAGCAAAUGUGAGGUCCACGGAAACUGUUGAAAAUGGAUACAGAUCCUUCAAGAGGAGCGACCCUGUUCACCCAUACCAUGUAGGUUCUGGCUACGUCUUUGCACCAGCCACCAGUGCCAAUGACAGUGAGAUAUCCAGCGACGCACUGACCGAUGACUCCAUGUCCAUGACGGACAGUAGCGUAGAUGGAAUCCCUCCUUACCGUGUGGGGAGUAAGAAACAGCUCCAGAGAGAAAUGCACCGCAGCGUGAAGGCCAAUGGCCAAGUGUGUCUACCUCAUUUCCCGAGAACCCACCGCCUGCCCAAGGAGAUGACCCCCGUGGACCCCGCCACCUUCGCGGCCGAGCUGAUCUCCAGGCUGGAGAAACUACAGCUGGAGCUAGAGAGCCGCCACAACCUGGAGGAGCGGCUGCAGCAGAUCCGAGAGGAUGAAGAGAAGGAAGGCUCCGAGCAAGCGCUGGGCUCACGGGACGGGGUGCCCACCCAGCACCCCCUUUCCCUCCUGCCCUCCGGCAGCUAUGAGGAGGACCCACAGACAAUUCUGGACGACCAUCUGUCCAGGGUCCUCAAGACCCCCGGCUGCCAGUCCCCCGGUGUGGGCCGUUACAGCCCCCGCUCCCGCUCCCCGGACCACCACCACCACGCGCAGUACCACCCCCUACUCCCACCCGGGGGCAAGCUGCCCCCGGCCUCAGCCUCUCCGGCCAGCUGCCCCCUCCUUGGGGCCAAGGGCUUCGUGACCAAGCAGAUGACGAAGCAUGUACACCACCACUACAUUCACCACCACGCCGUCCCCAAAACCAAGGAGGAGAUUGAGGCGGAGGCCGCCCAGAGGGUACGCUGCUUCUGCCCCGGGGGUCCUGAGUAUUACUGCUACCCGAAAUGUAAAAGCCACCCCAAGGCUCCGGAGCUUGGGCCAGCAGAGCAGUUUGGCGGCAGCAGAGGCAGUACCCUCCCCAAGCGCAGUGGCAGAGGCACGGAGCCGGGCCUGGCCCCGCUGGCCAGGGAAGGAGCCGGAGCACUGCAGCUUCCCGGGGAGGAAGGAGACAGGUCUCAGGACGUCUGGCAGUGGAUGCUGGAGACUGAGCGGCAGAGCAAGCCCAAGCCCCAUAGUGCCCAAAGCACAAAAAAGGCCUACCCCUUGGAGUCUGCCCGAGCAUCCCCAGCCGAGCGAGCUGGCCGUCACCACCUGUGGGGGGGCAGCAGCGGGCACCCCCGCACGGCCCCCCGUGCCCACCCGUUUACCCAGGACCCUGCAAUGCCUCCCCUGACCCCACCCAACACCCUGGCACAGCUGGAGGAGGCCUGCCGCAGGCUGGCUGAGGUGUCGAGACCCCCAAAGCAACGGUGCUGCGUGGCCAGUCAGCAGAGGGACAGGAAUCACUCAGCCACUGGUCAGACAGGAACCACACCCUUCUCCAGCCCAAGCCUGGCUUCAGAAGAUCACAAAGAGCCAAAGAAACCAGCAGGGGUCCACAUGCUCCAGGCCAGCGAGUUGGUCGUCACUUACUUUUUCUGUGGAGAAGAAAUCCCGUACAGGAGGAUGCUGAAGGCUCAGAGCUUGACCCUGGGCCACUUUAAAGAGCAGCUCAGCAAAAAGGGAAAUUAUAGGUAUUACUUCAAAAAAGCAAGCGACGAGUUCGCCUGUGGAGCGGUUUUUGAGGAGAUCUGGGACGAUGAGACGGUGCUCCCCAUGUAUGAAGGCAGGAUUCUGGGGAAAGUGGAGAGGAUCGACUGAGCCUCGUGGGUCUGGCUUUGGCGAACUGUGGGGCUAAAGCCCGCACGAACGGUCUCAGACGAGAGCAACCGCGAUGAAACAUUUUUGAAGGAAAAAACACAACAACAGUGAAGACAAAGUCGAGGGAAGAAUUGGCCACUGGGCCUUGGGGAGGGUGGGGGGAGGUUGGUUUUCAUUAAUCACAAGCUGGGUACUGAGAUAAGAAAAGCCUGAACUAUUUAUUGAAAACAUGACCACUCUUGGCUAUUGAAGAAGCUGACUGUAUUUGAGAGACUGCCAUACAUAAUAUAUGACUUCCUAGGGAUCUGAAAUCCAUAAACUAAGAGAAACUGUGUAUAGCUUACCUGAACAGGAAUCCUUACUGAUAUUUAUUGAACAAUUGACUACCCCUAUCCCCAGUUUAUGGAUAUGCUGCUUUAAACACAGAAGGGGGGAGAGGAAGUUUUCAUUGUUCUAUCUAAACUUAGGAGUUGAGCUUAGGAGCGCAUUAAUGCUUUCUCCAUUAAAAGAGGAAUUAUGCUCUGCCCUGCAUUUCUCCAAGUGAAGAUAGACUUUUUCAAAUGGUGCCCUACCAUUGACACAUGCAAAAAUUGGUGCAUUUUUUUUUUUUUCCUAUGCUGCUCUAUUUUGUCACAAAGGUCUUGAGGUUUGACUUACGUUGCAACAUCACCGCCAUUUUGGGGUCAUCAUGUUGGAUGGGGUGAUCCACUGCAGAGGAGAGGAGGGUUCUCUGGGGCCCCAGAUUCAUCCUCGUAGCUCUCCACCAAGGCCGGGGCUUCCUAGAACCUUGUGGUUCAAAGUGUGAUUGAUUGAAAUAAUUCCUUGGAGUUGUUUUUUUCUUUUUUUAAAAAUUAGUCUUUGGACCCGAACCAUUCUGGAAACUACCCCCCUGCCCUGCAAAGAAGCGAACAGUGGUGGGAAGACCUAGCAGCACCCUUUCCUCCAGACACCUUCAUCUUGACGUUCGGGUUUUUGUGUUAAGUUAAUCUGUACAUUCUGUUUGCCGUUGUUACUUGUACUAUACGUCUGUAUAUAUCGUACGACAAAAGAGUAUUAAUCCACUAUCUCUAGUGCUUGACUUUGAUUCAGUACAGUACCUGUACCUGCACGGUGUCCCACGCCGUGUAUCGCCCUAUAUUGAGGGCUCAAGCUUUCCCUUGUUUUUUGAAAGGGGUUUAUGUAUAAAUCUAUUUUAUGCCUUUUUAUUACAAGUCUUGUACUCAAUGACUUUUGCCAUGGCAUUUUGUUCUACUUAUACUGUAAAUUAUGCAUUAUAAAGAGUUCAUUUAAGGAAAAUUACUUGGUACAAUAAUUAUUGUAAUUAAGAGAUGUAGCCUUUAUUAAAAUUUUAUAUUUUUC